AUGAUGAUUUUUAAAGUCGAUUUUGCUAACGCCUUUGAUUCUGUUAAUUGGCGUUACCUCGACUCGGUUAUCAUGAAGAUGGGUUUUUCUAUCACAUGGAGGGAUUGGGUCAAAGGUUAUUUUCGUUUAGCUAGAACUUCGGUCCUUGUCAAUGGGUCCCCCACUGAAGAAUUUGCAAUGGAGAGAGAUGUUAAACAAAGCGAUCCUCUCUCCCCAUUCCUCUUCAUCAUUUCCAUGGAGGGCAUAUCCACGCUCAUCAACUUGGCGGUGGAAAAUGGUAUUUUCAAAGGCAUCGUCAUACCCAAUAGUGGUCCAUCGAUCUCUCACAUGAUGUAUACCGAUGAUGUUAUGUUUAUGGGAGAGUGGAACUUGGAGAAUCUUCUGAACCUAAAACGGCUGCUUAGAAUCUUUUAUCUCAUGCCGGGUCUGAAGAUUAAUCUUCACAAAAGCAGCCUAGCUGGCGUGGGGGUUCCAAGUGAUGAAAGUCUUCAUUUUGCCAACAUUAUAGGCUGCAAAAGAGAGUUUUUUCCCAUCAAACACCUUGGUUUUUACCACUUGGAGGCAAAAAAAAAUUGGGAACUUGUAAUACAAAAGUUCAAAAACAAGCCUAAUAAUUGGAAAGCUAAAACCCUGUCUUUUGGUGGCCGCCUGACACUCGUCAAAUCUGUGCUAACUAGCCUUCCGUUGUACUUCCUCGCUAUGUUCGAGGCUCCAACCAAAGUUAUCAAGUCUUUGGACGGUAUUAGAAGGAAAUUUUUAUGGGGUGACGGGUUAUCCAACAACAAAAACAGCUGGGUUCGUUGGGAGAAAAUUCUUAAGCCAAAAAAUAAAGGUGGGUUAGGUGUGAACUGUCUGAAAACAUUAAACAUGUCCUUACUUGCAAAAUGGAAAUAG